UGGCUGCGGGACUUCGUGCUGCCCCCUGCGGCCUGCCAGAGUAGCUAUAGCCAGUUGGUCUAUGAGAUCCUCUUCGAAGACCUGGACCGCAAUGGGGAUGGUGUGGUGGACAUCAUGGAGCUCAGAGAAGGGCUGAGGAACUGGAAUUCCGCCUUUGAUUCCGACUCAGAAAAGACAAUUCUUCAGGCUGCAGAUUCCAAUGCUGAUGCAGGAUUGGAUUUUGAAGAAUUUGUGCAGUACCUUCAAGACCACGAGAAGAAAAUGAAACUGGCAUUUAAGAGUCUGGACAGAAAUAAUGAUGGAGUGAUAGAUGCUUCAGAAGUAGUUGCUGCUGUGAAGUCAUUGGGAAUCCGCAUCUCUCUCUCUCAGGCAAAGGACAUCCUGAAAAGCAUGGACAGCGACGGGUCAAUGACAAUAGACUGGGAUGAAUGGAGAGACUACUUCUUCUUCCACCCUGCAAAAAAUAUCAGCGAGAUCAUUCGUUUCUGGAAGCAUUCCACUAUAAUUGACAUAGGAGAGAGUAUAAGUAUUCCAGAUGAAUUCACAGAGCAAGAAAAGAAGUCUGGGGUAUGGUGGAAGCAGCUGGUGGCAGCCGGAAUAGCGAGUGCAAUCACACGGACAUGCACAGCGCCUCUGGACCGCUUGAAGGUCAUGAUGCAGGUUCGUCGUUCAAAAGUAAGUAAAACGGGAUUGGUGAAUGAGUUCAAGCAGAUGAUAAAGGAAGGCGGCCUUUUCUCUCUGUGGCGAGGAAACGGUGUGAACGUCUUUAAAAUCGCACCGGAGACAGCACUCAAGAUCGGGGCCUAUGAACAGUAUAAGAAACUUCUUAGUUUUGAUGAUGCUAAUUUAGGAGUUCUUCAAAGAUUUAUAGCUGGCUCCAUGGCUGGUGCAACUUCCCAAACCUGUAUCUAUCCCAUGGAGGUGAUAAAGACCAGGCUGAUUUUAGGUAAAACUGGCGAGUAUUCUGGGAUUGUUGAUUGUUUCAGGAAGCUUCUGAAGACAGAGGGCAUUCAGGCCUUUGGCAAAGGCUAUGUUCCCAACCUGAUAGGUAUCAUACCAUAUGCAGGCUUAGAUCUUGCCAUCUUUGAGCUUCUGAAGAACCACUGGCUGGAACACUACGCAGGAAACUCCGUGAACCCUGGCAUAGCCAUUGUGCUGGGCUGCAGCACACUGUCACACACUUGUGGCCAGUUAGCCAGUUUCCCCCUGAACCUUCUUAGAACUCGCAUGCAGGCAGCUAUCGUGGAAAAGGAAACAAUACCUAUGUUGCAGCUCAUUCAAGAAAUAUACACUAAAGAAGGAAAGAGGGGUUUUUUCAGGGGUCUCACCCCUAACGUCAUCAAGCUUCUCCCUGCAGUGGGCAUCGGCUGCGUGGCUCAUGAACUAGUGAAGCCGCUUUUUGGAUUAACCUAGAAGUGCAGUGUCAGACUGCUGCCGUCGCUGUGAUCACUACGGUAUAAGAUAAUCCUGGGCUAUAAGGUGACCUUACCUUUUCCUAAAAGGAAAGAAGUACUAACUAAUUGUAAAAUUACUUUGUCUUUAUUUAUUAUAAAAUAUACAAAUUAAAUAAUAACUUUGAUAGAGUUCUUUAAUAACUUAAACUCCUUUAUUAUCCACAGAAUUCUUAUUUUACACUUUCUGUUACAUUCUCCUUAAUCCUAAAACCAGGUUUUGACUGGGUGCUAAUAUAGCAUACGGUCAUAUAGGAAACAUGUGGUAAGCUAUGAGAAUUUUUCACUAGCAUUCUCUUUUUAAGUUAAGCUUGAACAUGUUUUACACAGUAAAGCAAAAAUCAGUGCAUUUAAAUUUGACAUUGCAGUUAAUCUCUUCAGCAGAAUGGAUAAUCCACUUCAUAAUUCCUUCUAGAUUGUUGUUGAUUUGUCGCUUCCCUUGCUAGCUCUUUGUUCCUUCAGCUUCUGCACAUCCCAUCCCACUCACCCCUGGAGAUGGUUUUAUCUUUCUAGACAUCUUUAUAGACAAGAGCUGCCUCCAUUGCCUAGCCUGGAGAAUCCCUGUCUAUGUGGUUUCCAUAAACCUUGAGAAUGAAAAGCUGGCUAGCAUUUCUUAAUUGUAUCCAUUUGUGUCCUCAAAAGUCCCAACUCACUUCAGCUAUCUCAGGUGAUCUAACUGAACCAGUUGUUGGACCUGGAGAAGGGCGGGGCCUAAGGGUGAGACUCAGAGGGUUAUCCCCAAAGUUCCUUUUCUGAGUCACUGCCUUUCAUUUGCACCGUGAGUGGGAGCUCCAGGGGCCAUAAAAUUGACAGAGCAAUAUUGCUAAUAUGACCUUAUAUUUCACUUUCAAAUAAGCUGUCUACUGUUGGAACUCUGUUAAUAGUUGGUUAGCUCUGAUUUCAUUUUUAACUUCAUUAGCAAAUAUCAAUUGUAUAAAAUGUCCGGGUUUACUGUUUCAAUUUCCUACAUCAUGCUAUGUACUCUGAUCACAUUCAACAAUAAACUCGCUUAAAAAGUGA